UGGACCCCGAAGAGCACACGAUGCUGGAGUCGUGUGAAUUGCAACUCUAACAGACUUUAGCAUCGAUGGACUCUCACCUGAGCCUACCUUUGAAGGGGGACUGCAGCCGGGCGGGCUACGCUUGCAGAUACGCAGUCGCACGGCGUACUUCCCCCUCCCCUGCCAUUCAUGCCGGAUCCAAUGUCAUCUGCGCAGGAUGCCGUGAACGCGCUGUUGCCAUGCACGGAAGUUGACUUUUCGGUGCACUUCGCGCCAUCAUAGAUCUGCGGCGGACCGGUGGGCCUUCUCGAGUUUUAUCCGUCUCCGACGCAGGGUCGUGGGAGCGGUUCAUGUCUCUUUUAUACCCCCACACGACAUCUGGUGCACAUCCGUCCUCCCUCUGUUUCUAUAGCCAGCUCGACGCUAUCGAAGGAAUUCCGCAAACAUGGGCCAGUGGGAUCUUACUCUGGGCGCGUAUCUGGUGGGAGUGGUCCUCUCCGCGUUCCUUCUUGGAGUGGCGUGUACACAAGCCGCUACAUACUACCAGAUAUACACCAAGGACCCAUGGUACAUCAAGUUUGUGGUCGGGUUCUCCUUGUUGACGACGAUUGGUCACCAAAUAUCGGUCACGGAUAAGAUGUAUGUCAACACGGUCACGUAUUAUCCGGACCCUACGAUCUUGGCGGACAUCGGCUGGGGACUCAUGGCUCAAACGUACUUCAACGCGUUCACCGCCAUUGCUGUCCAAGGCUUCUACUUCUAUCGCAUUUACAUCUUGCUCAACAAGAAUAUCUGGUACCCUGCGAUCCUGAGCGCACUCAGUUUCGCUCAGUUUGUUUGCGCCAUCGUCUACGCCAUCCGAUGCUCGACGAUCUCGACGGACCAGAUUGCGACGAAGUUGAACAACCUCGUAACGGCGGUGAACUCGAUUGGCGCCGGCCUGGACAUCAUCAUCGCCAUCACCAUGGUCGUCGUCCUCCUCCGUAGCCGCACCGGGUUCAAGCAAACCGACACGAUGAUCACGAUGUUGGUGGCCUACAUUGUCAACUCCGGUGUCCUCACGAGUGCGUGCGCCCUGGGCACCCUGCUGGCGCUCCGCGUCGGUAAUGGUGGUCAGACUUGGGUCGCUUAUCCGUUCUACUUCUGCCUUGGGCGCAUCUACUGUAUCUCGCUGCUGGCCUCGCUGAACACGCGUCGCCGCCUGCGCACCUCCAGCAGCGGCAGCCGGGACGAAGACUACGCCCUCUCCUACCGCGGCGGCCCCUCAAGCACCGGCAAUACCUCCGGGAACCGCGCGCCCAAUCAGCAAGGAAGCGUCCUCGUGUCCAUCGAGCGGACCGCUAUGACCGAUAACAAGGACGGCGAGUCCCUCGACGAUCGCAAGGGCGGCUUCCACGUGUAGUACUCCCGAAAAUCGCCAGCCACCCGGGCUUGUCAAUGUUUAUAUCUGUCCAUGGGUCCUGGGUCCGCGGUGGCUGGUUCUUCAUUGUCCACGGUGGUUGGUCCGCGUGGGUUCGUUGGCUCCUUUGGAUCUGCUGGUCCUCUUGGAGUCAACGCUUCGCACGAAUCUGCCACCUUACGAGGGUCAGCCGUCACAUCGGCCGUUGUUCAUGCACGUUUUGGGUAUCUCGUCUCGUUCUGUCUCGAUGCAUUUGGGUAGUGCACCCUUUGUAAGAUUGAAAAGCCAAAUAGAUCUGGAUCUGCCGCUCCUUUGCUACUCUCGUCGGCGUCCUCGCUAGUCUCAUCAUAUGC